ACGAGUGCGAAGGAGUUCCAAAUGGUCUUGGCGCGGAGAGGUAGAGUGACUUUGUAUCAAAUUGAUCCGAAGCACCGGGUGCAGAUGAUAUACUGACGCUAAGAGAAACAGGCUAUCUCGAGGAGCUGGACAACUGAGCAAGCAAUCUAAGUAGAAAGAAAUGAUGUGGCGCCCCACGGUAUGUGGCUUGCAAUAAAAAGUGCCCGCACUACUUCGGCGGACUUGAGUAAGUACCUAGUCCAACAAACACAGUCCUGAUAGCGUGCCACCGCAAAGUUGCGGCUGCGUGCCACGGACACCGGAGCCGAUGAAACCGAGGCGAUAAAAAGCGAGAAAUCCGCUUUGAGUUUAUAAAACCUCCUUCCGAGCGGAACAUCAACAUCUCAGUAAGACAGCCACCACUUCUUACUUCAACUUCUUAUAGCGGAGGACGCGAUGAAGAAGACAAGAAGGGCCUCGGUUCCAGUAUCGAAGAAGCCGACGGGUGCUAAGGCUAGCAAAAAGACCAGGGCAAGGAAUGCGUCAGUGUCCGUAGGGAAGAAGCAGUCGGGUCGUCGGGCUGGUGUUUCUUCUGCAGGAGGCAGGUCCAAGUCGGUGGAGAACAAAAUGAAACGAUCCAAUAAAACAUCCAGCAAAACAUCGCACAAAAUGUCGAAGAAAACAGCGCCCAAGAAGAAGUUCCGAUGCACUUUCUGUGAUCUGUACCAUCUACAACAAACCGCACUCGUGCAUAAGCUUCUAGCGUCAGUGGUAUUACACUUCGUCGGCUGUGCCUCAUGAAAAGGAAAAAAGUGCGACUACCUCUUCUUGAUAGUGCCUCCACUAUCAAGUUGAUUUUGUAGCAGCGCAGGAAAUACUUAAUUUAUGCAAGCGCGCGAAACUGUUGUUGUGCAUAUUCGUUGGACUGCAAACUUGAAUUCGCAUAUGCCGUAUUGCAAGGGAGGUUUGGAUUGCCUGCACUGUGUAUGAUGUACAGAGUGUUCCCAGAACCAAUUCCACACUCAAAAGAUGAAGGUUUUUUAGCUGAUGAAAGAUUGAUUUGAUUUUUGCUCUUGCAUGAUCUUAGAUUCAUAGUUGAAUGUGCGUGGGGUGAGUUCUGGAAGUUAUUUCGCAGUUCAUACCUCGCCCACACGGCGCCACAUGGACGCUGGAUGGUGACAAACAAGACGGAUCAUGCGAGAUACUUCUGCAUAGCGAGAGCUUGCAAAGUAGUGAACGGGGAACAGCAGGAGGACGCUGCAGCAGCGCUGCCGGACGCUGCAGAAGCCCUGCCGGUGACGCCAAAAUGGACCUACGCACAGUUUCCCUUCAUGGCCACACUUCUCGUCGCUGCGGCCGUCACUAUCUUCUACCAGAACAAAAACUUCAGCCCGCACCCCGCGCACUACAAAGAGGAGUGCAGGAACAAGUCGUCGAAUUUUCAUUCAAAAUCGAUGCACGUCAACUUCGUUCUUCUCUCUUUCUUUCUGGUAGUGCAAGCAACUUCGAAUCCAUGAAAUGGCAGUGGCCAUUUGGAGUCCCAAGUUUUCCCAAUUUAUCUGAUGCGUCCCUAGCUGCACUCGUCCGAGCUUGCCUGGGGAAGUUUUUUCGAUUAAUAUUUUCGCGGUUUUCACUUUCGGGAACAAGGAAUCCGGCCAGAAGCCGGGCCACCAGGGUGGUACCACUGAGGGUACUAUUUUUCUCAUGCAAAACUAAUGCUUCAUGCUCAUACUCAUGGUGAUGGCGCAAGGGCGGUCUUUGCUUUUUCUGGUGAUGCAGACCACGCGCACUUGCAUAUAAUAAAGGCAAAGAAAGAUUGACAUUGGAAAAACUGAUGAAAACGAAAAACAACCAGCGCUCACAAACGGGACAUCGUACCUGGAAUGGAACAACGAAACAUCGAGCCUCUCGGCCAAUUGCACCGGUAGUGCGCCGGACCCCAACAACACAUGGAACUCCACAUCAUACUGCACCCCCGGACUCCAACACGUGGAGCUCGACAUCAAAUCUGCGCCGCUUUUCAACACGUCUCUACUGAAUGAGAGCGCGGUCGUCAGCGAGCAGCCGGAACUGGGUCGAGGAGUCAGCAGCGAAUCAGGUGCAAAAGCAAAUGAUGAGAAGUCCGCACUGCAGGACGGCCUCUCUGUCACGCAUGCUCCAGUCUCUCGCGGCCUAUGCAAUCACAACGUCCCAUAGUCCUUCAUUAGCUUGGUCAUAUCGAGUUCAGUUUUCAUUCCUUUUCGUCUGUUGCUGGUGAUGGGCUCCUUCUUACGUGCAUGACCGACACUUACAACUAGAUUUUUUGACAAAUACCCAGCUUUUCUUGGGCUCGAGCUGUACAGCUUUAAAUAAAUAUGUCGAGCAGGAGUUGUAGAAGUUGAUAGGAGAGGGGGGGGAAAUUACGGUCAUCUACUUACAUGAAAUUUGUGCCCGAGCGACGAAUUUGUAUUGCACGUGUGCUGGCGCCGUCACCGAAACCGGUGAUGAGCUGGUUACUUACACACGAUAUGAAAACCUGCAUUUUUAUCGGAUUCUGGGGCCGCAUUGCACUGCAUAGUUUUACUUCGCUGCCGUGACGGACUACUUUUCGGCGGCCUGGAAACGCCAGCAGGCAUCUUGGAACAGACCACGAGUUAACGGGCAAAUAAAGGUAUUCGUUUGUUGGUUCCUGUCAGAUAGAAAGGUGCUCCGUGCACCCACUUUUAUCUUUGAACCAGAUGAAAAAAUCUUGAGAAGGCUGUCAUCAUGAUCACACACUCAGAACAAACAAAUCUCAGGCUGCUCUGAUCGAAAAGAAAAAGGCGCUGGGAAAACAACAGACGCACGGCUCGGACGCCGCCUCCAGCCCCAACGAACCCUCCGCACCCAAAAUGGAACAGUCGGAUCCAGCGCGGAACAGUGAGUCUGCUUUGACCACCGGCCAGCACAUGCUGAACAAAGACGAAAUAGUGGAUGCUGGAAAACCUGAGAACGAUAAGGACCAGCAGGGGUGGACGGCCUGGAUGGGAUGGUCGUGA